CCCCUUCCCAGAUUCUAAUCUCGUGUUGCCCCCGAUCCUUAUAAGCAGUCCUGCCCCGUCUCACUCAAUUCUGCACACUCCAAAAGCUCGUUGUACAGACUCCAGACAUUGUAAUAUCAACUCAAUCGCACAAGCUUCAAUCACCGUCUCUCCAAAUCCAAAACAAUCAAAAUGCAGUUCUCCCACGCUCUCAUCCUGGCCUUCGUUGCCUCCGUCUCCGCCCAGACCGGUACCAUUGCCGGCGACGUCGCUGCCCUCCCCGACUGCGCGAAGAAGUGCAUCGACACGGCCACUCUCAAUGCCGGGUGCAAGUCCGUCACUGACUACGCCUGCCAGUGCGGUUCCGCCCACGACACCAUCAACAACGCCGCCGCGCCCUGUGUUGCCUCGACCUGCCAGCCCACUGAUCUUACCACGGUCCUGAGCCUCACCGCCGAGAUCUGCAAGCUGGUCGCCGCCGGCGCCCCCGGCAGCGGCGGUGGCUCCUCCGCCGCUGAGUCCUCCACUGCCGCGUCCUCCACUGCCGCUUCCUCGACUGAGAACUCCUCCUCCGAGACCGCCGCGCCAACCGGUGGAUCGUCGUCGACUGAAACCUCUGCACCCUCCUCCAGUGGUACCUCUGCGCCUUCCUCCACCGGCGGCGGCGCGGCCCCGAGCAGCACCGGUACCGGUGAGAGCUCCACCGGUGCCAGUGAGCCAACUACCAGCGGUGGCAGUGCCGCCCCUACCUCGAGCACCGGAGCUGCGGCCACUGGGUCGUGGAACUUCGCUGCCGUGGCUGCUGGUGCCGGUGUUGUGGCUGCCGGGCUCAUGUAAAUUAGGGUUGUGUGAUAAUGUGCAGGA